CUUGGUGGUGGUUGUGGUGUUAUUUUAUAGAAGGAAAAAAGAGAAACUGGUAAACGUGAUUGUGAAUACUGGCUUCUGAGUCAAAAAGACAAUCGAAAGUAUUUUUUCAUUUGUUUGUAGGACAGCAAGAAUCACUUGACAAUUGGUUUGUGAGCAUAAUGGCAUCUAUAAACAGAAACACUGAAAUAAUUAAAAAACAUGGAGUAAGCAAACAACAUCUCCUGGAGGAGAUAAACAAAAAGCGUGAAUCCAACUGCUUGGUGGAACGAAGCAAUCAAGUCAGCUUACUGAGAGUUCAAAAGAGGCACUUCUCGGGUGCCUAUCAGUCUUUUACUGAUACCACAACCAAAGAGCCUGUUCCCGACAGUGGCAGGAGCUCCUGGGUCAAGCUGAGUCUCCUUGCUCACACGGAGAGAAAGCACUUUCCACCAAAAAGUAAGAAGUUAUCGUAGGAUUUUUUUUCUUUUUUUUUUUUUUG